GGUCGCCGACAUCACAUUCGAAUAGCACAUCACCUAAAAUGCCUCCGAUAUCACAUUCGGAUAAUACAUCGUCGCGAGGACCUCAGGCACAGCAUUUGAGUAAUACAUCACCCCAAGAGCCUUCGAAUAGCGUAUCACCUCAAAGGUCUCCAAUACCACAUUCGAGUGCCAUGCAGCCUCAAAGGCGUCCAACACCACAUUCAGAUAAUUCUUCAAUCCAGGCCCCCCCGAAUGAUUUGACAUCACCUCCUCAAGGGUCGCCGACAUCACAUUCGAAUAGCACAUCACCUAAAAUGCCUCCGAUAUCACAUUCGGAUAAUUCAUUGCCACGAGAACCUCCGGCACAGCAUUUGAGUAAUGCAUCACCCCAAGAGCCUUCAAAUAGCUCGUCACCUCAGAAGCUUCCGGUGCAGCAUUCGAAUGUCACAUCGUCCAAAAGGUCAGUGCCAAAUGAAAAUGACAUGACCACCCAAAGACCUCCGGCAGGUCAGAAUCCUAAUAUCGACUCUCAAAAGCCUACUUUGAAGUACCAAGAUGAUAACAUGAGACAAGGAACAGCGGUGUACUCGUCAUCAGAUUCGUCGUCUCAAGAUUUUUCACAACCUCAGCGGCUUCCAAAAGAGUCACCGAACAACCCGCCACAACCCAAACCCCGUGUAACAGAGCAACCCUCCUCAAAAUCUCAGCGGUCUCCAAAAGAGUCCUCGAAUAGACCGCCACAACACAAACCCCGCGUAACAGAACAACCUUCCUCACCACCGCCACAGCAUAAAAAUCGGCAAGAUGAGGUGUCCUCUAUUGCCAAAGAGAUAGAGGCCAUGGGUCCUCCCGUUACGGCGGAAGAUUUUGUGAUGCAGGCAAUCAAAUAUCAUGAAGACAAUCAGCUUGAGAAGUCCACGGAAUAUUUUCGUAGGGCGGCGGAACAAGAUAAUGCUGUUGGAAUAGUACUUUAUGGAAUUGCUCUCAGGCACGGAUGGGGAUGCAAGACAAACGCAGCUUUGGCCUUUAAGUAUUUGCAAAAAGCAGCACAAUCAGCCAUCGAUAUUUUAAAUGGUAUAAAUAAUACAGUCAGCACAUCUCCUUUUAAAGGAGAGUUUGUCCUGGCCAUAUAUGAAUUGGGAAUGUGUUUCAGGCAUGGAUGGGGUGUCCCCAAGAAUAAGGCUACUGCGGCAUGGUAUUUUGAAAUGGCCGCCAACCUGGGGGAUCCAGACGCGCAAAAUGACAUAGGACUUUGCUAUUACAUGGGCGAAGGUGUCAAAAAAGAUAUGAAAACGGCUGCCAAAUACUAUAGGAUGGCAGACGCGCAAGGUCAAGGCACAUUGGGUAAUUCUUGGAUUUUCAAAGAGAAAUAUAAUGAUUAG